AUGCAGGUCGAACUAAAAAACCUGUUGGAGAUAUUCCCAACCCCUCGGGCCACACUGAAUGAACUAACAGCUAAGUGCCCAGACCAUGUGUUUGAUAUCCUGUACAAACAAUCUUCUGUCGCUCCAAAAGGUUCGAAAAAAGCUGUACAAAAUGACUGGACCUGUACAUAUUCAUUUGUUUGGCCACAGAAAAUAAAAUUUGAAAGCACAGCAAAGUCAAAACGUCUAGCUGCUGAGAAAGCAGCCAUUCAAGCUCUUCACUGGCUGCAAAAAAACAAAAGAAUAGACAAUAAAGGACAUCCCAUAUUUGAUAGAACUGUUAUAGAAGAAAUAAACAAUACAUUAAAUGAACCAAUCAAAGCCAGUAUCAGUGAGAACUCUCAGGAAAGACUUAGCCGAAUAUGGGAAGACUAUAAAAAUGGAAUAGAGGGCAUCUACACAGUGACAUUUGAAGCAGCAUCAAAGAGAGUUAUUGGGUCACCAGCAGUUUUAACAAAAGAUUCUACCAUUGAUGAAGAAGAUGAACAGCUACAAAACGCUGAUUUGGAGAAUGAAUCUGAUGUUUUAUCAGAAUCAAAAAUCCCCGUGCACCCUGUCUACGGCAGACAAAUAUCAGCUCCGACAAAGACGGCGCUAGACAGAAGAAAGAGGCAGCUGAUGAAAUCUUUCCAAGUCUACGACGAUGAACGCACUCCAUUACCCAUUGAUGAACACAGCGAAGAAAUAACUUCAGCGAUAUCCCAAUCCCAAGUUUCGGUGAUCGUCGGGGCAGCGGGUUGCGGGAAGUCAACCCGCGCUCCGCUGGCGGUGUUGCGAAGCUGCCCCGAAGCCACCGUGAUAGUGUCCGGUCCGAGGCGGGUCGCCGCGGUUGGACUCGCGAGGCGGGUCGCCGGCGAGCUGGGAGAGAAGGUGGGCGAAACAGUAGGCUAUCAAGUCCGUCUGGACUCGAAGCCACCUCGGCCUCCUGGGGGCUGCAUACUAUACUGCACAUCUGGAGUGUUGCUACGCAGGCUACAGACUAACCCUGGUCUACACGGAUGCAGCCGUGUAUUCAUCGACGAAGCUCACGAACGUGACGUCAACACUGACAUUACGCUGCUUCUACUGAAGCGAGCGGUGACCCUCAACCCAGAACUACGCGUGGUCAUCAUGAGUGCCACGCUCGACGCAGACGUAUUUACAAGAUAUUUCGACUCUUGUCCAGUCGUAGAAGUGCCUGGACGAACAUUUCCUGUAGAAUCCUUUUAUUUGGACGACAUCAAGCAGAAGUACAAUUUGGAACUUUCCAACACAUUCGAAAACUGCAAAAAAGAAGACGGAAAACCCCAAAUUAACUGUCAAGAGGUUGUAGAUGUAGUAAAAGCCGUGGACCGAACGGAGCCAGAAGGUGCCAUCUUAGUUUUCCUGCCCGGUUGGGCCGAGAUCAAACAGGCGAAGCUCUUGCUCGACGUAUGCUGCCAUGAAAACACACACAUGGUGUUGCCGGUUCAUUCCAGGUUAUCUACGACAGACCAAGCUCGCAUGUUCAACAAACCUCUGCCGGGCGUCCGCAAGAUAGUACUGGCCACCAACAUUGCUGAGACAUCCAUCACCAUCCCCGAUGUAGUUUACGUCGUCGAUUCGGGAGCUCAUAAGGAAAAUACGCUCAAACAGGGCACUGGCACGGCGAGCCUCGACACAGUGUGGGUGUCGGGCGCGGGCGCGAAGCAGCGCGCCGGCCGAGCGGGUCGCGUGCAAGCCGGGUAUUGCUUCAAACUGUACACAAAAGAAAAGGAAAGUGAAUUUACGCCGUUCUCCACUCCGGAAAUACUAAGGGUACCUUUAGAGCAAACAGUGUUGGAUUGCAAGUCGUAUGCUCCAGACGAUAAGGUCGAAGAUUUCCUGUCACAACUGCCUGAGCCGCCGUCAUCUAAAGCUAUACAAAUUGCAGUAAACGACCUUAUUGACUUAGGUGCCUUAUCUGAAAGCGAGCAGCUGACUCGCCUAGGGAACCUCCUGUCAUCAUUCACUGUGCACCCGCGUCUCGCGCGAGGCCUAAUAGUAGCCUCGGUACUUGGAAAUAGCACAGCGGCAGCUAACGUGCUGACUCACUGCGCUGACAACGUCGAGGUGUUUAGUAAUGCUGCCGACAGGAAGGAAGAGAUCCGUGAGAUAAAACGCCAGUUCAGCGCGACAUCAGACCAUGUGGCCCUGUACUGGAUCCAAGAGGAGUUUGAGCGAACGCGCACGAAGGGCGAAAAAGCAGUCGAAGCGUGGUGCGAGCGCUAUGGAUUGAGGAAAGACCGCCUGAACUAUGUUACUUCUAUCACCAACCUGUACUUAGAACAACUCUUGAAAAGCCCCAUAGUGCAACCGAUUGUCAACGUAGAAGACCUGUCGCGGUUCUCAGGCAUUGACGAGCUAACACCCGCUGCGUUACUAUGUGGUCCCAACUCGAUAUUACUCGCCAGCGCCAAGCUAAGGGCUAAGGGGAAGUUGAAACCUGAAGUCAGACUUCGCACCAGCAAAGGCGACCGCGCCCACGUUGGCGGCGAAAGCGUGAACCACGACGCAAAGCGGGAACGCGGGACCCUACUCGCUUACUUUGGUGGUUUCCACUCGCUCGAGCGCCGGGCGCUCGUCGUGUAAACGUCCCGCGUCAGUCCGCAGGCGGUACUGACGCUGACCCAGGGAGCCGUGUCUGUAGGUGAAACAUACGACGACACUACAGUACUGAGACUCGCCCGACACAAGCUCGACGUACACGUACCAACUAGUCAAGUCGAGCACAUAUUGAACGCGAGAGAGAUGCUGUCCAGAACGAUUGAUUAUUACGUCGAACGCGACACAAACGCCAUCUCUUAUGAAGAGAACACAACCGUAUCCAGGUUCAAAAUCAGGCUAGUCAAAGCUAUCGGCAGGAUAUUAGUGGAAGCGCAUAAGCAAUUUGAAGAUAAACGUACUGGAAUUAUGGAAGAAUUUAGAUAAAUAAAUAUUUUGAUUAUA